ACGCCAGCAGCGAAUUCGGCCAGCUUGUCAGGUCUCGUCUGCAAUGUCCAUCGGACGACUGGCGACGAACCUCCGCCUUUAGUUGGCGCAACGACUACGAUUCUCGGCGACAAGCUCUACGUCUUCGGAGGCAGGACACUGUCUCGCACGAAACCAGCAUUGAGUUCACAACUAUACGAGCUUGACCUAAUCAAAAGACACUGGACGAGAGCUGAGACGCGAGGUGACAUUCCUGCUCCGCGGUAUUUUCACAGCAUGUGUGCUCUUGGAGACACUAAGCUCGUGUGCUACGGCGGUAUGUCCCCCGGUGGCGUGACCGCUCAGGGCGAGGUCGAGGUCGUGACUCCGGACGUGACCGUUAUGUCCGACAUUCACAUUUUCGACGUGCCUACACUCACAUGGACUCGACUUCAUACACCUGAUGCCCCUCAGGGACGGUACGCGCACUGUGCCACCAUCCUCCCAUCAUCGGCAGUGUUCGCGUCCAAGAGUGCGCCACUGUCCGCUAUCCAUCACAAUCCUUCCGGCGCUAACCCCAAUCAAGGGACUCUGGGUGUCGCGCUUGAUGGGACGGGUGGUGCUGAAUUGGUGGUUGUAGGUGGACAAGACAGUGCCAAUCUUUACAUCGAACAAGUCAGUGUCUUCAACCUUCGCAGUCUGAAAUGGACUGGCACCACCGGGAUGGGCCGCAGUUGUGGUGCUUAUCGAACCGUCGUCACGCCACUCACGACCAUGACGGCUUCGAAGAUUGGCGCAGGUCCAUCGAAUAACAAUGAGUCAGAAGGGGACGGCGAGGAAGAGUCCUCUAACGUGGGUUCUGGAGCCGCAACAUUGAUAUACUCCAACUACAACUUCCUCAGCGUCAAGCUGGAGUUACAGGUGCGCCUGACAGACGGGACUCUCAUAGACAAGCCGAUGUCAACUUUGCUGUCACCACCGGGUCUGCGAUUCCCGAAUGGUGGUAUCAUCGCGAAUCAUUUCGUGGUAUCUGGGACAUUCUUGACGUCUUCCAGGAAGGAAUAUGCAGUAUGGGCGUUAGAUCUCCGAACACUGACGUGGAGCCGGAUCGAUGCCGGGAGCAGCAUUUUCAGCCAAGGCAGCUGGAAUCGAGGUGUUGUUUGGAAUCGCAGAAAUUCGCUCGUAAUUCUUGGAAAUCGCCGGCGAAGCUUGGUUCAUGAUUACAACAAUCGUCGGAUCAAUUUCAGCAAUGUAUGCAUUGUGGAGCUAGAGGUUUUCGGCUUCUACGAGAAUCCCAAAGUCACAGAGCCAACAUCCAAAUUCGUCUCAGGCAUUGGACCGCGGAUGAGUGGGAACGCCAGUGCAGACUUUGGACGGAUGUUAAGCUCAGCCGCGAAGGAUCUCGGCACACUGGCUCUCGGGAUUCGGGAACUAGCCGAUAUGGACUUUCUUGCAAUCGAUGGAACGAGGAUUCCUGUCAACUCGCGACUCAUUGCCCGACGCUGGGGCCCCUAUUUCGUCGGUCUCCUGCGCGAGGCGCUGUCGGCCGCCUCCGACGCGCACACAUCCGGCUCUCGACCGGCACUUGCCAGCCAUUCGUCCCGGGCGUCAAGCAUAACCAUUACACCAUCCGUCAACUCGACAUCCACAUCGACCACACUCGUCAAUAACACUUCAGAUGUGCCGGAUACCGAGGGGGCGCCAGCGCCAACUCGCCCUCGGCUAUUUUAUCUUCCACAUACCGCCUCCACCCUCCAUGCUCUACUUCACUAUCUAUAUACAUCUACCCUGCCAGCCCCACCGCAUCCCCUGGCAACCCCGCAAACUUUCUGUUCUCUCCUUCAACUAGCCCGACCAUACCGCAUCGACGGCCUCCUCGAAGCAGUCAUCGAACGGCUCCACGACUGCAUUGACGGCCGCAACGCCGCCGCCGUAUUCAACGCCGCCGCCAUGGGUGCAGGCGGCGGUAGCAGUGUACAAUUCGCCGCUGGCGGUCCCACCGACCGCAACGAAGCGCCCAUCCGCCAAAUCAGCAUCGACACCAUGCUAUCCAACGGCACGCCGCGGACGAUGCCGGGCCUGCGCAUCGACACGGGCAUGGCUGCCAAUGGCGAGCGAGCACCAGGCGGCGCCCCGGACGACGACGAGGCGCCUGGCAGCGCUCACACUGACGGUAGCGCGAGCGAAGGCGAGCAGACGUUCAGCGCUCGCGCUGGGGCUCAUCCGCAUCGCGAGGUGUGGAACGGCAGUGUUAGCGCCGUGGUCGGGUUGCAGAAGCGUGGUCUGCGCGGUCUCAUGGAAGGCCGACGCCUUCGCGAAAGAGGGCGGAGC